AUGGACGAGGCUUCUAAUAUCCAUAACAACUAUAAGGAUCCUAGGGGAGUUGGUGUAACGGUUAGUUUUCCUUCAAAAUCUUCGUCAAAAAUAAUUCUCUUGUUUCAGCUACGUGUCAAAGACAAAAAACUUCAUACAAGAGAUGGCAACUUUUCUUUUGUUUACCGGGCAAAUGUUUCUCAAAUCUUCGAGGACGGUUCUGAACAACAGCCUUCUCAAUUGGUCGCUCUAAAACAGACAAUUGUUCCAAGAGUUAGGGACUUUCGGGAACUACACAUACUUCGUUGCUUGUCUGUUCGCCAUCCUCAUCCAAAUAUUGUAAAACUAAUGUACUAUCGACGGCGCAAAUACUCGUCUGAUGUAAGAAAUGAAAAGUGCUGGGUAUACUUCUUAAAUGGAACUGGAAUUUGUUUUCGUAACUCUCAAGCUUAUAGUUUAGUCUUCGAAUUUGUACCUGCAACAUUAGCUCAGCUUAGAACAGAAUAUCAUAAAAAUAAAAAUGUGCUCGACAUAAAGCUUUGUAUAUGGCAGUUAUUCGCGGGAUUGGAUCAUCUUAGGAAGUUGCACAUCAUCCAUCGGGAUAUUAAGCCAGCCAACCUGUUAGUCAAUUCAACAACUGGACGACUUACAAUUGCCGAUUUUGGCUCAGCUAUCUAUUUGGCUCCUUAUACCGAUCGAUUCCAAGGAACAUAUGCAGUUACACGCUUCUACCGUCCUCCAGAAUUUAUUUUGGGAGCUGCACGCUACAACUGUAUGUCAGAUAUUUGGUCGGGCGGUUGCAUUUUUGCUGAACUUUAUUUGGGGGAAGCGCUAUUCCAAGGCAAUGACGCAUUUUGGCAAUUGCAGCUCAUCUACACUAAACUUGGCACCCCUUCGAUUGAUGACUUGAAAGAUAUGCACGUUCGUGAAUGCGAUUUUAUACCUGCUGUUGUAUCUCAGGCAGUUUACCCGUUUCGAGAGCUAUUUUUGAUAUUUGAAAAGCUUAAAUAUCCUGCAGACAAAAAUCCAGCAUCAUUAAUUGUGAAAAUACUUGAUUUAAAUCCAAAAAAGCGUCUGAAUGGCCGUCGUUUGUUGUUUGACGAAUUCUUUGAUGAACUUUUCCAACCAGGCAAGAAACGUAAAGGCGGGGGACUUGUAACGGAUGCUAUUAGUUUGGAAGAACAAAAACUUGUUUUCGGCACAGAAGUAUAG